AAUGCAAAUCGUUUAAAAAGAUGUGGAAAUUUUUGGUAAUUUGUGUCCUCAUGAGCGCACUAUACAAUGAAUCGGAUGCAGUGAAGGCUAGCCGUGCUCGUCGUCAGCGUCGUGGCUAUGCCGGCAGCUAUUCGGGCAGCUAUGCCAAUGGUGGUGGUGCAGGUGGCUACACCGGUGGCUACAACGACUAUGAUGAUUAUGGUGUUGGCUAUGCACCAAACUUUGGCAUUACGGAUCCCUAUCUGUUCCAUCAGCAGCUAACAAAUCAGAUUCUGGCACAGAAUCAUGCAACACAGCAAGCUAUAACGGGUCUGGCCACGGCUGGCAAUGCUUAUGCAUCUGCGGAUGCAACUAUAACUGAAGAUGAUGAUGAUCGCAUUCAGCAACAGAUUGCCGCUCAGAAUGCCUAUCACCACAAUCAAGUGCGUCAGCAGUCGGCCCAUCGUGGUGGCGCCUACAACUCGCAUCGCUAUGCGCCCAGCUAUGCUGCAGCCGCUGGCUCCAUUGGACCCAAUGGUCAUAGGCAGACUGCCUAUAUCAAUCCAGUUAAUCCGGCUACACCCAACAUUGUGAAUCGCUUUGGUGGCAGCACCAGCAGCGGCGGCGGCGGCGGUGGCUACAAGGGCGUCUCGGUCUCCUCCUUCAGCUCUAGCAACGGCGAUGGCACUUCCCGUCGUGGUGCUCAGACCACUAUCAAUGAUAAUGGCAAAGUCACCUCAUACUCAGUGCACUCUUAGAUUGUUUAAACAAUUGUUGCGCCACAAAUUAUUUUGGAAUUAUAAAUUUUGCUUAACACUCAUAUUUAUAUGUCUUGAUUACUAAAAUACAUAAUUAUAUAUUUUAUAUAUAUAUUUUUAUAUCAAA